AUGGAGUCGGAUCACGGAGUAUUAACUCAAAGUCCAGUUCAGAUGACCCGUGAAUUAAAAGGCAUGAUUGUUGGUGCUGUGGCAGCCAUUAUUGGUUAUGUUCUUGCUUUUCUUGAAGUUUAUAAGUCUAGAAAUAGAGGGCCUAGAAUAAUAAGGCAACCUUACGUGAAUAGGGAUAGUUUGAGGGAGGCUAAUAUCAAUAGUAUUCUAUAUUGUGGUGAUACUCAUUGUCUAGGACAGAUUCGUAUGAGACUCGCUGCUUAUUUUAGCUUGUGCAAUAUUUUAGUUGAGAGGGGACUACUGUGGGAGUGUCGUCAAAUGAGUGUGAAGGAGCAAGUACUUGUAUUUUUACACUUGUUGGGACAUAAUGUAAGGUUUCGAGCAAUUGGAGGGAGGUUUUUUAGGUCAACUUGGACCAUACAUCAGUAUUUUCACAUUGUGCUUAAAGCUAUCCUUCGAUUGUACACAGAAUUUGUGAAACCACCAACAACUACACUUCAACCAGAAAUCCAAAACAACCCUAGGUUCUUUCCAUGGUUUGAGGAUUUCAUAGGAGCUAUAGAUGGAACACAUUUUACUUAUGUUCUUGCUGGUUGGGAGGGUUCUGCGCAUGAUUCGAAGGUCUUAGGUGAUGCACUAAGAAGGGGGUUCAAGGUUCCACAAGGAAAGUAUUAUAUGGCUGACGGAGGGUACGGUGAUCGUAAAGGUUUUAUGCAUCCAUUUAGGCAAGUCCGUUAUCAUUUGAAAGAGUAUACUAACAACCCUCCUGAAAAUGAAAAAGAGUUGUUCAAUCUUCGCCAUUCUUCACUUAGAAUGUGUGUAGAGAGGGCAUUUGGAGUACUGAAGAAGAGGUUUCGUGUCUUGGAUGCCGAGCCAUUUUGGCCAUUUAAAACACAAGUUGAUGUGGUUCUAGCUUGUUGUGUGAUACACAACUACCUAAGAGGCAUAGAUCCAAAUGACCCAAUUGCAAGAGAAGUUGACAUGGAGAUGAAUUCACAAGAUGCAAGAGCACCACUUACUCGAAGAGAAGUGAGAGAAGAAACAAAAGAGUGUGUGAAAAAGAGAAAUGCCAUAUCAUUGGUGAUGUGGACUGCAUAUAAGGUGAAAAAGGAAGAAAAGAAAGCGAAUUUUCGUUGGUCAAAACCGAUGUCCAUGGUAUUGCUGGAAUUUCUUGCUGAAGAAGUGAGAAAAGGAAACAGACCAAACAACUCUUUCAGAACUAGUUCUUUUGUAGCAGCUGCAAAGAAUAUUUCUGAAGUAUUUCACACUACUUGUACUGCUGAUCAUGUUGAGAACCAUAUGAGGACAGUGAGAGCUACAUGGGGAAUUAUAUCAAAACUUCGAGGGACCUCUGGCUUUGGAUGGGAUGACAACGUGAAGAUGGUCACAGUAUCUCCUAAUGCUUUUAAUACUUAUGUUCAGCAAUACCCAACUCAUGAGCGGUAUCUCAAUCAUAAAAUUGAUAUGUUUGAGGAAAUAUCAAUUGUUGCUGGCAAAGACAUGGCUAGAGGAGACUUUUCUAAGUCAUUUGCUGACAUUGAAGUGACUAGCAUUGAGAGUGGGCAGGGGCCGACAACCACUAUUGAAAAUGGUCCAAUUAAAUCAGAGAGAGAAGUCGUUGGUGCUCUUAAAAAAUUCUCGAACAACCAACUUGAUGUGGAAAUGCUUCAUGAAGAGAUAAUGAAGAUGGAGGAUUUUGAUGAACUAGUUCGUGAUGCCGCCUUUGAUCAUUUGGUUGAGCGUGAGAUGCUAGCUAAAGCAUUUUUAACAAAGAGCGAAUCACUUCGUAGGCUUUGGCUCCAAAAGUUCGUAAAGUCUCUACAUUCAUAG